AUGACCACUCCCCUUAACUCGUGCCCAAGCGCGAUGGGCGUUUUUGAAUCACUCGGCUCACCUCGUUCCGAAAGGAAUUACGGUGUUAUUUCGCCUGUGGUGCAUACCGGUCGCUUUUCUCAUCCGGACCUUAGAUACUGGGAUGCAGGAGUUCCUUUCUUUUCGGAAACAACCCCAUUCUCGAGUUUCAUCGAACAGGGAAGCGGAUUUGAUGAUCUUGCACAGCAAUGCGAAACCACAGAAAUCGCUUUGAAUGAUAUCAGCCAAGAUCUGCAAUACAUUCCUCUGGAGAAUCCUGUUUACGUAAAUGAAGAGAUGACAUUUUCACAACCACAAGUGCCACCUGCUCCGUUGGAUCCUUCAUCGGAAUUGACUGCGAAUGCGUUUGUGGAACCACCAGUCGAAAAUAUUCAGCAGGACGUCCAUAUUUUUGAGGAAAUAACGCAUGCUCGCUGCAUUGAUUGCGAUCAAAUAAUUGAUUCACGAGGUGCUACACACGACAGGUCUUUAUGUGUGCUCAAGAAAUACUUCAGCUGCCCAAAAUGCAGUGAGUCUUUCAACUUCGAAAGGAAUCUUGAUGUACAUUUAGUGGUCGAGCAUUCUGUUCAGGCUGACUAUAUUGCCGGUUCUGAAUGUACUUUCUGUGAUGGUAGGCGGAAGAAAACUUUCCGACGUUAUCAUGCUUUCCUGGCUCAUGUAAAGCAGCACAUGAAACCCGAUCAUUUUUUCUGCUCCUCUUGUCCAGAAGAGUUCCUGUAUCCAAGUAUGUUGCGACGUCAUCGCAGAUUGGCUCAUGGUGUAAUGGAGGAAGAAGUGGGAAUAGAGAACUACUCAGCAGAGUUGGGCUACUGUCCUCACUGCUGCUCCAUGGUUGCUCUCGAACAAGUUGAAGCUCAUCGCCUUCUUCAUUCCAUUCACGUACACCUGGACAAUAGAAAGAAACGUAUGGAAGCGAAAAAAGAGAAGGCACGGAAAACUAUAGAGGCAAUUAAAGCGGCCUCCAAAUCCACAUCAGGAAGGAAGAGGAAAUGUUUCACGUGUGAGCAGUGCGAUAAGACCUUUUUGCGUGCUUCUGAUUUUCAAAGGCAUUCUGGUGUGCACGAGUCUUCUUCGAAAUGGAACUGCACAUUAUGCGAUAAAAAAUACUCUCAUAAAACCGGCCUGGAUGCUCAUGUCAGAACUGUGCACAAGGAUCCGUUAAAAGGGAUGGUUCCUUGUAAGAUCUGUUCCCAGGUUUUUGCCAAGUCCUCGAACCUCAAUCGUCACAUAAAAAUGCAGCACCCACUUGGAGUUUCUAAAGCUGUUCUCGAUUGCCCGGAAUGUACUUGUGUAUUUGCAAAUCGUAGAACACUUACGAGGCAUCGCAGAGAAGUACAUGGGACAGACCUUUAUUCGGCGUACUACUGUCAAUUUUGUAAUCGCUGUUUCCCGAAAAUCUCACUCUUGAGGCGCCACAAUCUUGUACAUGACCCAAAUGAGAACUCUAAGCCGUAUCAGUGUAAUCGAUGCUUUAAAAGGUUCAACUUGAAAUCUACGUUGAAGCUGCAUAUGGACAUACACUCUCGCAAAGAUGUGGACGAUCCUGUUCUGACGAAUCCGAAAUGUCCGAUAUGUAUGAAACACUUAUCUUCGCGGAAUGCCUUGAGGAAACAUAUGACUAUCCAUCAAUGUAAUUUUGAAUGUUCUGUUUGCUUUCAGAAAUUCUCUACCUUACAUCGGCUUGACAAGCACCGCUGCGUACCUCAAACUGUGCUACAAAGUGGACCAGACGGUCGGCUCAUCGAACUUUCUUCCAACACCCAAACGAAUUCUCAAAUGAAGACCCGUCGGCCUACAAAGAAAUAUCACUGUCAAAUUUGUGGCACCUCCUUCUACUCCUUCCGCGGUUACAAGGAGCACUGCUCGCAGCACCAGGGACUUCGCCCCCAUUUAUGCUGGACCUGCCAUAAGUCUUUCCGAACUAGUGAGUUACUCGAGUUGCAUAGAGAAGUUCACAACCGUGGUCCUAUAUACUGCGAAUUCUGUCCGGCCGUCCUUCAAGGUCGAAGUCAGUAUACGCAGCAUGUUAAUGCGCAGCAUCAGACGGAGUCCGGAAGCACAAGGGCAGCCGGAGUUAAUUUUAUUGAUAGGGCAGAAGUUGCAUCUUCGCAGUCUUUCCCAGAAUUGACCGGACAUGAGUUAGCUGAGAAUCUUUUCCGAACGAGAGCGCAGUCCGCCGAUAACAGUGGCCACGAUCCAAUGAUUGGAAAAUCAAGAGGUUUUGCAAUGGAAGGACCUACUGGCGCUGCUGAUCGCCCAGUUCGUUGCGAAGUUUGCCGUCAUCUUUAUUACUCAGUGCCUCACUUGGUAGAGCAUUGGAUGAAUUCUGGUUUGGAUCGGGACCACUCAUUCUGUGUGAUGCCAUGCCCAUUAUGUAGUUUUUCUGCAAAUGGUGUUCGUGCAGGAGUCGAACACAUGAAGGAGUGUCAUCCGCGUAUCCUUAUAACUGCGCAAAAUAAGAACGAGAUGACCUCAAGUGCAGAUAACGGAGGUGGCAAUAGCGAAGGUGAAUGCUCUUCAGAUGACUCGCUUGAGAGGACACGAUGUGCCAGGAAGAAGCAUAAAUGCAAGACAUGCAGUGCUUCAUUCGCGAAACCGAGUGACCUCGUCCGUCAUAUUCGUGUGCACACAGGAGAAAGGCCUUAUAGCUGCGAUAUUUGUCAGAGAGCUUUCCGUGUUGCGAGUACGUUGUACGCUCAUGUUCGUACUCACACAAGAUCGCAGGCUGAACAUCUCUGCACUGUCUGUGGAACUGAGUUCUUCUCUAGAAGUUCGCUUGUCCUUCACCUGAGGAUCCAUAGUGGUGAGAAACCUCUUCAGUGCCGUCGGUGUAAUCUCACAUUCCGGACAAGUGCGAUGCGACGCCAACAUGAAAUCACAUGGCAUGGAGCUCCUGGAGGUCACAUUUGCAAGAGAUCUCCCUGCCCUAUUUGUAACGCUUGCAAGAGACGUCGGAUGCUAGAGGAAAUGCGAGCAAACCAAGUGCCUUUGUCCCAGUCUGUUCCGGAUUUGCAAGGAGAGCCGAAAAGUGUAGCACCCACUAAUAAAGCUCUGCUUCCGGUGAAACGACUGUCGACAGCUGCCGUUUUGAAAGAAAAUAUGGGUGUCACUCAUUCCAAGCAGUUCGAGGAGACUGUGGCGCAAAUUAGCAAACUUCCAGCUACUGGGAUUAAACAUUCGGAAGGAUCAGCUUUCGGAACUGUGGUAAAAACAGUCCAGCAGAAUCCUGAGGUGGAAUUCUAUAUUACAGCCAGAAGAAUAUCGCACAACGAAUAUUCAGUAAAUUUCUCAAAGAUUAAACCUAAGUCGAUACGUUCCAAGGUGGAUACAAUGGUCAGUCUUAGUGCAAGCCUUCUGCUUGAUUCUGCUUCAAAAAACGCAUCCAUCCACCUCACUCUAAGUGACUCCCAGAUCUUGAGUGUCUCAUGCGUUGGUGUUGUGAAGGCGAUGCAAAGUUGUGAUUCUGUGGUGAUGAGAGCUCGUCCGGCCGAUCCGUUGUGUCCAAGUGCCGUCGAAUUGCUUCCUCCUCCUGAAGUUAUAGAAUUCGUUAGAAGAUGUGAUGUUUGUGAGGUUGAUCUUCCUUCAAAGGAAGCGAGUGAUGCUCAUUUUGCAUCGGAGGACCAUGAAACAGCCCAGAUCACACAGCCUUUGCCAUCUGCAGUACAUGAUGCUAUCGAUCAUUCUAUGCUGCCAGCUACUGCUGUUCCGCUUCAAAGGAAGGAAGAAAAGACCGAUUUCACAUGUAAACUGUGUGGACGAAAGUUCUUGGAUAUGGAACCAUUAGUGGCACACAUUCGUUUGGAGCACGAACGCGACCACCCGCCGGGAAUCACGCGUCCGCUCGCAAGAACUGCUCCUAUUCAUUGA